CUGGCUGAUGUGGCUCUCUAUGCCAAAGGUGAAUGCUGAGUGCGAGAAGCCUGGAGGAGAGCAGCGGGGAAGGUUGCUGAUGCAUGCUUUUUGAAUACGGACAAGUUAUGUGGUCUGUCACAUGCCAUCAAGAUUUACCACUCAUCCGCACACGCUUUCAAGACCGGAGAGCGGCAACUGGAAGUAAUGUGAACCGAGCCACAUCAGUCACAUCCAUCCAGGAACGUUUACUGAACUGUAAGCUGAAAUCAAUCCAGGCAUGCGUGGAACUUGAGGCACUCGGGACGCAAGGGCCGGUGUGCUUCCAUGACGGAGAAAAGUUGCAAGACACGGCGUCAAAAUCAUUGCAUCCACUUGAUUCCCUCUUCAGUGACCAAAAAUUAGGAAAAAGUGAAUUUUGAUACAUUUGAGUGCUGUAUGAAAAACAUGCUGCAUACUUUGGUGCAGAAGGAACUGGGCAACCACAAAGGAGCUCCAGAGAGAAAAAGGAUCCCCAUGCAAGGUGUUGUUGUUUUGCCAAGCAAAGACCCAAUGACUUUGUGUUGACAGCGUUCAUGAUCCAACGGGUAGGUUUUUCACUGCCUCCCACUACCCCCCCACAUCGGCAUUACACCAUUCGUCUGUCAUCGACUUUACAUUUUUAGUGUUUCUUUGUGUUCAAAAUGGGAUGUUCACCUGGUAGCCGUCACCAGGAAGUCAACUAUAACCGGAACGAUCACGUUCAGACAACGUCGUAAAAAUGAAGGAGCGCAGGAUUAUUCAUAGGUGUAGAUACAAUCACUUUAAGUAUUGCACUGAAUAAGGGUAGACAUGCACCAAAGGUCUUUCCAGCAAUCUCCUUGUUCCACUUCACCGAGUAAAGGAGGAAGAGGAUCAUCAAGAAAAAUGUUCUUUGUGGCCGGGGCCAAAAAUACAGCAUUGGGUGUCGGAAAUGAAAGGAGGUCAAUUUAUCAGAAAUUCCGGGAGGUUGAUUUACUGGACAAGAAAAAUACCGUGACAGCUCUCAAGCCGGGUGAAGAUCGAGCGAUUCUCCUGGGUCUUGGAAUGAUCAUUUCCUCCGUCAUGAUGUACUUUGUACUUGGGAUUACCAUUUUACGCUCAUAUGCUGAAAGUGCGUGGACAGAGGAAGGUGUGUGCGUUAUCCUCAACUCCACGGUCACGGCAGACAUGAACUGUUCCUACAGCUGUGGCUCCGAUUGCUGGCGAGUCUCCAAAUACCCCUGUCUGCAGGUCUACGUCAGCGUCAACAACACCGGCCGCAUCAGUCGAUUAUCUCACAAUGAAGAGACGCAGGAUGCCAGCUCGGAAUGUUUCUAUGUGCCCAGAUGCCAGAAGGACCGUGCCCAAAUGCACACCAUCAUCAUGAACAUCUCUGAGCGCCUGAAGGCCAAGCAGCAGGUUCCCUGCUACUUCGAUCCCAGCGAGCAGCAGGAGACGGUUCUCCUGACUCGGCUCUACGACCACAGUGUCGUCUUCCACUCGCUGAUGUGGCCCUCGUGCAUGUUUGUGGGAGGGGCCCUCAUAAUUGUGAUGGUCAAGCUCACACAGUACCUCUCCAGGUUGUGCGAAGAGAUCAGGAAGAUCAAGAUGUGAAGCACCUGACAUCAAACGCGAAAGAGGAGAUCUCACCAAACGAGCAAUCUGGGAAAUGAUGCCUUUGGCUCAGGCAUUUUGGGGCAGCUGACUCUCUCAGGAUCGAGGAUGCGACCGAAAGAAGGUUCCGAAACAGGAAAGUGUCAACUGUGGUUGUUCGGAGAAAACCGACUGAAAUGGAUUUUACAGAAGGUCAUAGCACUGCACAAGCAAAGCAUUUAGAGACUGUUUACACUUUUUCUGUCUGCAACAUGAAAUAUUUUUCAUUGGAAAUACGUGAUAUAUAAUUAUGACAAUCCCAAACCUGUCCAUAAUUUAUAAGAGCAAUGUCAUUUUUGACAUGUUCUUAUACUGCCUUAUAAUUCAGAAAAGAGAUUCAUGUGCUCACGACUAUUUCGAGUGACCAAAACAAACAGCAGGUCUCGCUAGGCUUUCAUUACUUUCCACUUCUUUUUUUAUUUAAAAUUCUAUGCAUUUUCUAUUAGAAAUGUAAUUCCUUUUUUGUAUGCAGCAUUACAUUGUCAGAUAGGGUGAUAUAUACUCAAUUACUUUUAUGGUACAAGAAGGGGGAACCAGAUUUAUUGUACAUUUUUUUCCAACAUUACUCACAAAAAGUGCAUCGCAUCUUAGACCUCUUUUAAGUCUCUGUGAAGUCAAAAUAAAUGCAUCCUCCUUUUGUGACGCACAUUGAAAUGUGCUAUACAAACAAAGGUUUGAUGAAACUGAUA